GAAAUCCACAGUUGUAUGGAGUUAGGAAUCUACUUUAUCUAGGUACAAUGCGGCUCAACAACAAGCUAUUAACCUCAAUCACAAAAAGUCUCAUUGCAAAUAAAUGAUUGUUAGUAAAAGGAGUCGUUGGUGGUCCGUACCGCAUUUAUAAUGUGUGCAUUAAAUAAAAUGCGCACGAAAAGUAACAUGAGUAUAUAAUUCGGGUGUAUAAAAUAUACCAAUCACAAAAUGACCUCGAUAGUAAAGUUUACGGCCCUUUCGGGGGCCCGAGACGAAUCACCACCAUGUUACCUUUUGGAAGUCGACGAAAUGACCCUCUUGCUAGACUGUGGCUGGGAUGAAAAAUUUAAUAUGGAUUUUAUUGAGGAAGUUAAGAAACAUAUCAACGUAAUCGAUGCAGUUUUAAUAUCAUUCCCAGAUGUGUUUCAUCUAGGGGCCCUGCCUUAUCUUGUUGGCAAAUGUGGCUUAAAUUGUCCUAUUUAUGCCACAAUACCUGUGUAUAAGAUGGGUCAAAUGUUUAUGUAUGAUUUGUACCAAUCUCAUCACAACAUGAAGAAUUUUAAUGUGUUUUCGCUUGAUGAUGUGGAUGCUACAUUUGAAAAAAUUAUACAAUUAAAGUUUAAUCAGAGUGUAUCAAUUAAAGGCAAGGGAUUUGGAGUGACCAUUACACCAUUACCAGCUGGACACAUGAUAGGUGGCACAAUUUGGAAAAUUCUAAAAGUUGGUGAGGAAGACGUUAUUUAUGCAAACGAUUUUAAUCACAAAAAAGAAAGGCAUUUAAAUGGUUGUGAGUUGGAGAAACUUCAGAGACCAUCCCUUUUAAUUACCGAUGGCUUUAAUGCUGGGUACCAACAAGCAAGAAGGAGGACUAGAGAUGAAAAACUAAUGACCAACAUCCUGCAAACCUUACGAAACAAUGGUAAUGUCUUAAUCUCAGUAGACACUGCUGGUCGCGUUUUAGAAUUGGCUCAUAUGUUGGACCAAUUAUGGCGAAAUAAAGAAUCUGGAUUGCUAUCAUAUUCACUGGCACUGUUAAACAAUGUAAGUUAUAAUGUGGUUGAAUUUGCCAAGUCACAAAUUGAGUGGAUGAGUGAUAAACUUAUGAGAAAUUUUGAAGGUGCAAGAAAUAAUCCAUUUCAGUUUAAACAUUUACAACUUUGUCAUAGUCUUCAUGAAUUAAGUAAAGUUUCAAGUCCAAAAGUUGUGUUAGCCAGUUCACCAGACAUGGAAAGUGGAUUUUCUAGGGAAUUAUUUUUACAAUGGUGUUCAAAUCCAAACAAUAGUGUAAUAAUCACAUCUAGAACCUCCCCUGGUACACUGGCUAGAGAUCUAGUUGAUAAUGGAGGAAACAGGACCAUUGAUUUGACAGUGGAAAAAAGAGUAAGAUUAGAAGGGGCCGAACUGGAGGAGUACCAGAAGAAAAUGAAAGAUUUCAGACAAGACAAUGGUGACUCAGAUUCUGAUGAUGACAUUGAAAUGAGUGUCAUAUCUAAAGGUCGCCAUGACAUUGUUAUUAAAGAAGAAGGUAAAGUAUCUGGUGGUUUCUUCAAAGUAACAAAGAAGCAAUAUCCUAUGUAUCCCUUCAAAGAAGACAAAAUAAAAUAUGAUGAGUAUGGAGAAAUUAUCAGACCAGAGGAUUACAAACUGUCAGAUGUUGUAACUGAUAGUGAAGACAAUAAAGAAAAUGUUGUAGUUAAAAAGGAAGAGGAGGAAAUAGGUCAGUUUUUACAACUUUUUAAUAUAAUACAUGUUUUAUGUAAAUAUUUGUCUUUUAGCUCAGUCACUCUUUACUUUGUAAAAAUAACGUUAAUCCAGAUUUUGUACCCUAAAAAAUUAAGAAUAAGAAAACGUAAAAAAGUGCGGAGGAAAUACCGCCGCCGCCGUGUUCAUUAUUGUUUUAAAAUAAUUCCUGGUGUUGGUCUUGUGAAAGUCGCUCGAGCGCGUCUUAUUCCGGAAGUACCAACUAAAUGCAUAGUGUUACAACGCACUGUACAGGUAAACUGUCAAGUGCAGUACAUCGAUUUCGAAGGAAGAUCCGACGGAGAGUCUCUCGUGAAAAUUCUGUCGCAACUCAAACCAAGAAGGAUUAUACUGGUGCGUAGUCCCGAAGAGAACAGCAAAAUCAUCGAGAAACAUUGUCAGGACAGCGUCAGUGGCAAGAUAUUCACGCCCGAAAAGGGCGAAGCAAUUGACGCUACCAGCGAAACGCACAUCUAUCAAGUGAGAUUGAUGGAUCGUCUGUCGCAUUCUCUGAAAUUCAUAAAAACGAAAGACGGCGAUAUCGCCUGGAUCGAUGGACAGCUUAUUGCCCGCGAAGGAACGAUGGAUAAACAAAGAAUGAUUGUGGACGAUUGUUUUUCAGAUGAUGAUGACGAUUUUGAUGAAUUCACCUUGGCACCUUGCUCCACAGAAAAGACUCACGACCCAGUUUUUAUUAACGAACUCAAAUUGUCGGACUUCAAAAUGAUUCUGGCAAAGAACAACAUAAACUCCGAGUUUUCGGGUGGCGUACUUUGGUGCAGCAAUGCAACAAUCGCCAUAAGGAGGGUCGAAAAUUCCAAAAUCCUUCUUGAAGGUUGUGUGUCCGAAGAUUAUUACAGAGUCAGAUCUUUGUUGUAUGAACAAUAUGCUAUGCUAUAGUCCAAAAUUUUCUGUUUUCCUUUCUAUGCGGAUUGUGAUUCUAGAUUCCAUUUUUUUGUAAUUUAUAGUUCAUUUUUAUAGGUAGGAUAUUUAUUACUUGUGGUACAUAAUCAUGGUAUAUAAAUUUUGAUUUACGUAACCUUUCUUGGUUCAUGUAAACAUAUUAAAUAAUCAUUAAUUAUAUUGUUAUAAAAUAAGUUCUAUUGUAGUUUAAAUGAGACAUUGUACAUUAUAAUUUUAUUCAUUAUCUCAUAUUAAAUGAUUUUCUUAAUGUACAUAGUUAUCAAAUUAUAUUUUGCAUGUCUGUGUAUUCUUUUGAGAUAAAGUAAUUAUAUGUAUGUACUGUCACAAUGAAUUGUAUAGGUGACUAAUUGUUGAUAUUGUAAAAAGAAUACACAAACUAUAAUUUAAAAAGUGUUAUGAGCACAUUAUGUAUUAUGAAAUAUACGAUUUACAACAAAUACCUACAUAUUAAUUUUCAUUUAUGUAAUUUUAUUAAAUGUGUAUAAAAAUAUUAAAUAAAAUCAUUUUAAAUUUA